AUGGAAGAAAAAUAUACAAGAAGAUAUUCAGUUCUGAGCAUUAAACUACUUGACGGAAUUAUAAUUUGUGGAGGAAAGGAUUAAGAUAAUUCUUUUGCAAAUAGAAACUAUAUUUUGGGAAUGAAAAAUAAAAUUCCCUAGCCAAACUAUUAAUAUGUUAUUCCUGAUAACUAGAAAUACAGAAUAGACUCUGCUCUAGUAAAGUUUGAUGAUAACAAAAAUUCUAGUUGUAUCGUUAUAUCUGAGUCAUGGGAAUUGAUUGAUAUGAAGUUUACAAAUGGCUUUUAAUAAAAAACAUUCAAUCAAUAUACUUAAUUCAGGUUAAGUGAGGGUUGUAUUGAUAUCACAGAUCUUGAUUUAACAAAUGAAUGGGGUAAAGGGACAAGGAAGGUUUUAAUAUUUGGAGGAACUAGAAAAAUGAUGUCAAUUGAUUCAACAUAUUGUUUAAGAUUCCCAGAUUUAGAUGAGAGUAAUAUUUAAGAAUAAAAAUAAAAGAAAGAGUCUGAACUAGCUUCUAAACCUUAAGGCCAAUUUUUGGAUAUUGAUUUUUAAGAUCUUACUGCUGGUGAAGAAGAGUCAAGAACAUGCUAAAUGCUUAAUCGGAUAAAUCCAGAUAAUUACUUUGACAAAAAGAGUUCCACUCUUUACUUCACAAAUUACACAAACUAAAUCUUUAUAUUUGACGCAAAAAACUAAUUAAGGACAACCUAAUAUUUCAAUUACAGCGGAGGAUUCUCCCUUAUAAAUACUACAGACUAUUGA